AGCGUCCAGUUUGCGUUGAUAAACACGGAAGUGGGACUGAAACGUGAAAACAAAUCUUUACCGCACCGCCUCACAAAGUGUUAUGACACAGUCAUUACCGAUUCUUUUUCAACGUGCACAAUCUUAGUUUAAGCGAUUUCUGCUGUUAUUUUGAAUUAACCGUAAUUAUUUAUAGUUCUGCUGUAGAGUAGAUUAGCACAAUGAAGAACUGUAUUGCUGCUGUGAUAACACUAUGCAUUGUAAUGCAGGUGAAUGGUGCUUUGGAUUUCGAGAAAACGCGCACGGCAUAUUCUGCAAAGAUCUUUGGGUUCUCAUGGGAGAACUGCGGUAAGCCAGACGACCCAGCGGUUCUGAAGACCCUAGCCCUGUCCCCGGACCCCAUCACAGUUCCAGGGGACCUGACUGCCAGUGCGUCCGGGAACACAACGGUCGAGCUGGCCGCUCCCCUCGCUGUGAAUGUGACGCUGGAGAAGGAGGUGGCAGGGUUCUGGGUCAAGAUCCCAUGUCUGGAUGAGAUAGGGAGCUGUCAUUACACAGACGGCUGUGACCUGCUCAACCAGCUGAUACCGCCAGGACAGGACUGUCCUGAACCUCUUCACACCUACGGCAUCCCCUGCCACUGUCCCUUUAAAGCUGGGGUGUACACACUACCAGAGUCAGACUUCUACCUCCCUGACAUUGACCUGCCUUACUGGCUGACCAACGGACACUACAGAGUACAAGGAGUGCUGGGAGCUAUGGAGAAAGAACUGGGCUGCCUCAAAAUCACCUUCUCUGUCCACUCUAAUUACUAAACAACGGAUAAAUGACCUUCUCUUUCCACUCUAAUUAAAUGGUGGAUAAAUGACCUUCUCUGCCCACUCUAAUUAAAUGGUGGAUAAAUGACCUUCUCUGCCCACUCUAAUUAAAUGGUGGAUAAAUGACCUUCUCUGCCCACUCUAAUUAAAUGGUGAAUAAAUUACCUUCUCUGCCCACUCUAAUUAAAUGGUGGAUACAGGAAACAUUAUGUACCAUUCAAUGAGCUGGUGUACUGACAUUUUCUCUUCUUUAUUCUGAAGGGAACUUCUGCUCUCAUCUCUUCUCAUCUCAUCAAACCGCCAAUUGAGAACUGGGCCAGUAUACACAAAGCCUCUCAGGGUAGGAAUGCUGCUCUAGGAUCAGUUUUACCUUUACAGUCAUAAUGAAUAAGAGGGGGGGGGGGGGGGGGGGGGGACCUGAUCCUAGAUCAGUACUCUAAAACACUUUGUGGAUACUGGCCCUGUACCAAACAAGCAGUAACUGAGCUGCUACUGUAGUGGUACUGUAGUUUAGGAUACAAUUCAGACUCACUUUCAGGUAAAACAGUUAAGUUGAGUGAUUUUGCAUGGCUUCCUACUGUACUGCUAUGAACUUGUCAUAACCAGUAUGAUUCUUUUUCAUAAUGUUUUACACUGUCUUUUUUAUACAGAAUUAUUUUUAUUAGAUUUCUUCUCAAGGGUGAAUGGCCGCGGGUAUGCUUCUAUUGGUCAUCGGCUUUUACCCUGGGUAAGGUACUGGUCACAUGACUAGUAGUUUUAGGAGUUUUUAAUUGUGACAGUCGUUUCUAGCUGAUGCUUACUGUGUCAUCAUUUUUGGUUCUAUGGGUCGUAAUGCUACUUCCUGUUUCUAGUGGUGACACUUCUGAUUUUACAACCCCUGGGAAUAUGUUGUUCUUCCUGUUGAUGGUGUAUUGAUCAGUUUUUUUCUGAAGGUGUUUUAUUGUUGACAUGUUCAAAGUGCCUAAAUAGACAUGCUGGAAAUGAGAUCUGCGAAUCAGGUGGGACUGUGUGAUGUUUCAAAGGGAAAUGGAAUGAAAGCAGCCAAUCAAUUCCUUCCCUCGUAUAACACUGUACCAAUAGGCUAAUUCUAUUCUAUAACCAAUUAAAGUGUUGUAAGGAAUGUAAGUGCACUUCCUAUCUUAAAUAAUAAUUCUAAUGAAAUGGUUAUCGGGUAUAGAAGUCUUAAGGAAUCAACACGAAAAAUUGCACCUUGAUUAUUUAGAAAUGACAUGCUUACUACUAUAAUAUGUUGGUCAAUAUUUCACUGUAAAAACAUAUUUUUUUUCAAUAAAAUAAUAUCCUAUAUGUUG